AUGACAACCACGACUUCCGGUCCGUUCCUCUUCAAGGCCCACCUCAGCUCCACCGACGCGAAAUUUGUACCACUCUCCCUGCGUCCACCUGCUCUGUCCGGGGAGUGCGGAGAGGAGGAGGCACAUGUCAAAGAGCCGGGGACUCGCCCAUUUGGGGCCCCAGUUCGGCACUUCCGGUGGCCGGAGGAGCGCGGGGGCGUUCGGAGGGCCAGGGGAGCCCGGCUUCCCCGCCCAGAAGGCCGCGGCGUAGCCGCCCAGUGCGGCAACACCACCAAGGCCGAGCUGUUCCGCUUCCCCAAGGACCGCGCUGCGCGCCUGCUGUGGGGCCGCUUCGUGCGGGGCAGUGACCGCUCAGCCAUCUGCUCCGACCACUUCGCGCCAGCCUCUUUCCACGUCUCGGUUUUGCAGAAGAACCUGCGCUUCUCCCAGCGCCUGCGGCUCGUAGCGGGCGCCGUGCCCACCCGGGUGUCCUCCCCAGCACCUAAGGGGGAAGAAGAGGGAGACCCAGCGGGCAGCCCCGAACAGGGAGGAGCGCCCCAGGCAGUCAGGCGGGCGGAGGCUGCCCCGGGUCUAGCCUCCUGUACUCUCCUCUGGGUCAGGAAGAAGGCCGCAGCUUCACAGAUUACAUGUGAAAAUGAAGUUUUACAAACACAAGUCCAUGCUGAUAAUCUACCUGAUGACAUCACUUCAGUACCUGCUCACUGUGUAAAAGGCCCAGUGCAUAAAAGUACACAAAUUUCUCUGAAAAGGCCCCCUCACUGUAGUGUGGGUAUUUAGGCCAAAGUGAAAGUGUUUGGAAAACUACUCUGUAAUGCAACUACUCAGACUGAUGAAUUAUGGUCUAGAAUGUCCUCUCUCUUUGACAUUUACUCCAGUGACUCAGAAAGAGACGCAUUCUGGGAUAUCAAGAGAGAACAGAGUGAUUUAUAGUAUAUAGCUGUGCAGGUGAAAGAAGAAACCUGUUAAAAACACAAUAUCAAAUGAUUUGAUAUGCUAUAGUUUUUCAGAUCUUUACUCAACAUAAUUAUCUCUUUACUCUUAUAAACCUUUCACUUCAAGAUAAUAUGUCAGUUCAGGAUCAGCAAAAUUUGCUUAGCUUUGUAGGCAAAACUUUGCCUGCUUGCCAAGAUAAUGAAGAUAAUCCUGCCCCAAAACCUCCCUACCAGCCUCCCUACUCUCCUUUUUUUUUUCUUUUUAUCCUUUUGGCAGAAAUGAGGUUAUAAAAAAAAAAACCAUAAUAGCAACAUUUCCAGAUCAGGAUUAAGCUUAGUUCAGAAGCAACAUUCUAAUGGGACUUAUUUGACAUAAACAAGUUAGAAUGUCACCGUUCUAAAUAAUUUGAAGAUAAAGAACAAUAAUAGCACUGCCAAGUCUGCUACUGUUAAAUGAUUUGAGGUUAAAGCCAGGAUAUGUACCCUUAAUCAUCAUUUGCUAUAUUAUUUAUUUAUUAGUUUGUCCAUUUGAAUAUCACAGUUGCUGUGAGCAUUUCUGAUAAAGCUGUGGCUCUUAGAGAAAAUUUUCAAAGGGGUUCAAUUUAAAUAGAAAUAGCUUUAUAUACUUAGGUUACCUUGUUAAUAAAAUCUAUAUGCAUCAGUUCUAAUUACAACAAAUUUAAUAAGCUUAAUUUAGAUUGAAAUUAUUUACAUCAUGCAAAAAAAAGUAUUACAUUUCUAACAUAUCCCCAUUUCAUGAAUUAGGUUUUCCUCUAUCAAAAUCACUCUGUUGAAUUCCAUAUUUGGGAAAUAAGCAUGUGAAACUUAGCUGCCGCAUCUGCCAUUCACCAGCAAAAUUUUUAUGGCAAUUUUGUACCACAAAGCAAUUUGUUCCAAUGGUUUCUAAGAAACUUCUUAAAACUCUGAUCUUCUGUAGAGAAUAAGAAAAAUAAAUGGGCAUUUUAUACAUCAUGGAUUUGUUAGUUCUGCAUGACUGGAAGAACUUACAUGCAUUUUAUCCUCAAAGGUUUAUGCAUUACACCAAAGUGAUUUUCUUCCAAAGCUAAUUUUAUGUCUGACUUUAUUUGAACAGUGUCAUUUUAAUAAAAAGAAUAAUAAAAUAUUAAUAUAAGUUAUGAGCCUGAAUAAUGAUUAGUAAGCACAUAGCAUUAUUAAUAUUAUUAUUGCUACUUUUGGCUUGAAUUUGAGAUGACCAUUUUAUGUUUUAAGAGAGCAUUAAGUUUUAAAAUUAAGUAAGUAAAUCCUCUGAAGCUAAAAACUCUUAAGUACCUAUUGUCCCUUGAACUUUGAAACAGCCUAUCUCCCUAAUUCAAAUCCUAACGUUACAUGCCCAUUCAUCCCCAAAGUUCACUGCCAUAAGUUUUUCAUUACCACAUGUUAAACAACUUUGACAGCCAUAACACCACUUAAUUUAUUCAUUUUUUUUUACUAUUCAGUAAUUUUUUUCUCUUACCAAUUGAGAAUUUAUAUUUGGUUUGUUGAAACAUAUGAUUUCAUAAUGUGCAAUGUUUCACUGCCCUAAAGUAAAAUGAAAUACUGGCUUUGUUUUAAAUUAAAUACAAGAACUUAUAGUUUAUACGAUACUGUUUACUUUUUGCAAAAAUGUUUUCCUUUAAUUUCUUUUAUUGUCAGAUGAGUUUAGUGGGGGAAAAUUAGGUUUACCUCAACACCUGCCAUAUCAUUCUUCAUUUAUUCACUUAAUAAGUACUUUUUAAACAAACUCUGUACCAGCAUCUGUUCUAGACCCUGAGGAUACACUGGUGAACAAGACAAAGACGCUGCCCUCUUUGUGCCUACCUUUAGUGGGGGGCCUGACAAUAAACAAGGAAAAUGAGUAAUUUCAGAUAGUGACCAGUGCUUUGAAGAAAAUAACUAAGAGUAAGAUGUUACAGCUUAACUGGGAUGGGGGAGAGGGUUUUGUCUUUUAAGUAGGGAAUCAGAAAAGGCCUCUGAUGAUAUGAUAUAUGAGCAGAGACCUGAAUGAUCAGAAGGAGCAAUCAUGUAAUGAUCUGAAGAAGGAACAUUCCAGAUGAUAGGAGUGGCAGGUGCUCUGGUAUAUAAGAAACAGCAAGAAGGGUAGGGCAGCUGGAGGUAAUGAACUAAGCAGAGAAUGAUAGAGAUGAGACUGGAAUGGUGUACAGAACGAGUCUGUGUAAGGCAUUUGAGGUUACAAUUAAGAAUUUUUAAUCUAUUCAAGGCUUAAAUCUAUUUUAAAUAUAUCCUGUAGCUGGUUUAUUUGCCAGUUUUUAUUUAUUAUACUUAAAAACGUAAUUUGCCAUACAAAUGAAGCUGUUGGACUUUUAGGCCAGAGAAGUGGACAUGUCAAGAGUGUGUGAAUGUAAAGAUUGUUUGGUCAAAAAUAUUCCUCUAUGAGAAUUCUGGAAAAAUGGUGGUGGUGGUGAUAUCAUUUUUUAAUCUCAAAUUUCCCCAUGAAAACAAAUAGAGCAGUUCCUGUUCUGUUGGUGGUGAGGCAGCUUGUAUCCUUCCAUGAUAACAUGGACAAAUUCUGGAAAAAUAUGCCAAACAGCUUUGAGGGAGCUGGGAAAUAUCAAAAGCAGAAAUAGGGAGUCAGCCUUGAAAGAGGUGAACCACAGUGGCUGAGAUGUGUUUUACACACCUUUCCACUUGAAUGCACUCCCCGUUCCAUGCUGUGAAAGGCAGCUAGAACUCAAGCAGAAAGCUUUAGGAGUCAGAGGUGAAAAUUAAGGGUUGCCAGAGUGAAAAAUGAUGGGGCAAGUCAUGGAAAAGUAGAAGCCACUGGAGAAGGCAAUCAAAAUAUGCUUAUAAACCUCAGCCAAAUCUUUGACUAAUCACUGAACUACACAUACUGUGUGGAGAGACCUCA